AUGAGCGGCGGAGGAGAAGCUGGAGCAGGAGGUGGCGCGGGCUGGGGACAGAAUGAUGUGGACCAGUUACAAGACGUUCUAGGAUCAUCAGGAGUGGAUCUAAGAGCAGAGGAAAGUGCGAUGUACAGACGAAAUCUUGCAAAUGUACCAAAUUCUAUGGAACAAGCAAGAAAUGCGGAGGAGGAAAGAGCUUCUGCCUUUUACCUCGAGUUGAUGCCACUCUCCUAUAGGGUUCAUAAAAUUGCUCAAAUGAACGGACUUCACGUUGAUGCGGAGGUUCUUCAGCAUAUUUCAUUGGCUUCUAGAAUUCGCUUCCGAAAUUUGAUCGAAUCCAUGGUGAAUGCUUCUCGACACCGACAAUGGUCUUCUCAUCUACGGCCACCACCAAUGCAUGCGAAGGGUAAAUCAGCAAUGUAUCAUGAAGAAAUUGAAGAAGAUCCUUCAAAGUUGUUGAGUGUCUUGGCAAGGGUGGAAAAAGCGCAAGAGCAAGCAGCAAGACAGAGAAGGUUGCAGAGGGAAGAACAAGAAGCCAAUUUAGCAAAUUCUACUGGUCCCAACGCUACGCAAUCAACAACCGAUGGUGUUGGUGGCAAUUCACAAGAGGAUGCAAAAAGAAAGAUGAAGAAGCCUGGAAUUUCUACAGCAGCGAGAAAUAUGACGGAAGAUAAACGAUUACGAUUGGCCAAUAAUACUGCUGCUCAAGCUAUGGGUCUUUCGGCCGGUAGCAAAUCAUGGAUGUUUGGAGGGGCUGGCUUACCAAAAGAUGUGAAUAAAGCAAAAGGCGGUAAAAGUGGAUCUUCUUUGCCUGCUCCUAGAUUUGGAGCGAAGGCACAAGAUUCAAAGGAUACGUUGGAUGAAAAUACGUCUGCUGCACAAUCGGGAACCAAUGGAUCCAAUUCAUUCGCUUCAUCUUCCAUCAAUCCAGGAGGAUGGGGUGAUCUGGCGGCAAGACAAAGACAUCGAGAAGAGGAAGAAAGAAGACAGAUGCGAAUCGUCAAUCUGGAUGACGCAUUGCAUGCUUUGGAGAUGGAACGAAAGGGAGGAGCAGGCAGAGGUAGUGGUGAGAGGGUAUUGUAUGCCACCCGAGCUCUGGGUAGACCAACAAUUCCCGCAGCAUCACACGGGCAGUUGUGA